GCACCGCACCGUGUCCCCCUCUCCACGCCCCCUCCAGCGCCCUCUCGCCCCCUUCAAAGCCCACGGCGCUCUCGUCGCAUCCAACAUCCAACCGACGAUAGCAAUCGGGGUCAGAGCAGUGGGGAUGGCAAGAUCGAUCUCUAUCUCGGAUAUGUCCCACGGAGCUGGCCUGGUCCAGGCACAACGAGGACAUGGCGUAUGGAUUGCAUACUGCUCAUACCUCCCAUGCCGCCCUGCCACCAGUAUUGUUACCCUUUUACCCCCAGUCAACUGAAGAAAAUGGCCACCAAAGCUAUCACCGCCACAGAGGAACGCUCCUUCGAGCUCCAAAGCGGCAUUGUCCUCGCUGCAAAGCACUGGAGGACUGCCGGUGCUCCUGUCCAAGCGAGACCCAGCCGACGCUUCCUGGCAUUCCAUGGCCAUCUCGACAAUGCAAACUCAUUCGACAUGCUGGCACCCUUGAUGAUCCAUCAAUUAGGUCCUGAACCGGUCGAAAUCGUGGCCUUGGACCUUGCAGGGCACGGUAUAUCGUCCCAUCGCCAGACCGGGGAUUAUAGUUUCUGGCGAUAUGUGGAAGAUGUAGACCAGGUGUCUGAGCAAUUGGGCUGGGAAAAGCACUCCGUCAUAGGGCACUCAAUGGGCGGAGCCAUUUCCGCACUCUACGCUGGACUCUUUGAAUUCAGAGUGGUACUCUGCAUCCUGCUAGAUAAUUUCGGACCAUUCACUCUUCUGGUAGAAGACCAGCCUCAACAUCUGUUGGAAUAUAUCCAGGAGAAGAAGAACUUGGUCAACAAACGACUUCCUUUCCACCCGACUAUUGAAUCUGCAUGCAACGCGAGAAGUAAAGGCGGUGUGUUGCUUCACCCCGAUCCUGCCAAGCUUCUGGUAUCAAGAGGACUGCGACGUGUCGAGAGAACAGAUGAACAUGGAAAUACGGCGCAAGGAUGGACCUGGAGCACGGAUCGAUUGUUGACCAUCCGGAUUCCCCAGUCAAUAUCGAAUGAGUAUGUACGCGCUUUCAUGAGCCGCAUUACGUGUCCGGUCUUGGGUGUGCUGGCCUCAGAGGGUCUAAUGACUAUGAAGACGACCGUUGAUGAAAGGGUGGGAUGGCUACAGAAGGCCAACGUUACGGUCAAGGGAAUCCCAGGGUCACACUCGGUUCAUAUGGAGGAUGCACCGUUGGUUGCGAAGCAGGUUUGCGGCUGGAUUCUCGCACAGGAUGUUGACAGACCGGCUGCAGGUCUUUAAGCGUGUCCUAGACAUGAGGAUAUUUAGACCACAUAAACAAGCCUCAGCUCAAGACUUUACCACGAGGGCGUGCUUCCCUUAUCUCUAUGGGAGCAUAUCAAAUGGAGGGAUGCACCUCAGUUGAGCAAUGCUUGUCAUGUGGUAGCCGAUUAGCACCGUUCUGGAACGGGCAAUAAGGAGCGACCACCAAGGCGUAGGCAGGUGUCUUGUCUUCCCGAGAAUAGGCGCUCCUGCGUUGUACCAGUAGCAGUAAUAGUAGCAGCAGUGCCAGUAGUGGUAAUAGUAGUAGUAAUAGCAGUAGUAGCAGUGUCCGCA